AUGAAGCAGUGUUGCAACUGUGCUUGUGGCAGACCGGGCUGUGUACCCAUGAAACGUGUGCGAUAUGUCCAGCCUCCAAAGCGUGAAUCAUGCAAGCCGGUUGUUACGUACAAGGCACCGGAGGUAGAAUUUGGAGGAGAUUCGGUGUACAAAACAUCUUUUAACACAGAUCCACAGCUGAUCGUGAACGCACGGCCACUGCCAAUUAAACCCCAGAGCCACUUGGUGCCGCAUCCUGGAAGUCUUGAAAAAACAACCGUUACCGCUCUGUCCUAUCCUGGCUACAACAAUUUUGAUCGAGCUCAGCCAAUUGUUCCUACUGGUAAUCAGUUGAUUCAACCAGGACCACUGCAGGAAGUGACUACCAGUCGACAUGACUAUGUGGCAAAGACGACACCAAAGCGUUACAAAAUUGUUCCCGCUGGCCACAUGCACGUGCAUAGCGCGCCGUUCGAGAAGCAAACCGUUAACAAGCUCUCCUACAGUUGCCCCAACAUGGCCAGUUUCGAACCGGCUCGUUCUUGUAAACCGUUUAGAGAAUACGAACGACCUGAGAUUCCUAUGCAGUCGGAGACGACAACGAAGCUUAGCUAUGGACCGGUCUGUCCACCUCCGAAAGAGGACAUUCCGUGGGCCAGGCGGGCCUGCUAUCAACCGCCGAACGUGGCCAUGGACAACGAAACGACAUACAAGAAGAGCUACAUGCCAGGCUGUGCAAGCGAACGGGCCAAGAUGGUGCUGCCGUAUAACAAUCUCGCCGUAUCUGCCGGUUCGGGUUUCGAAUCGAAGACAGUCUACAAAGAGAGCUACCAUAGUGCAACCUGUGGGGAGCGGCCGCCGCCGAUACGACCGGUUGCGCAUCUGCGUGUGGCCAACCAGAAGCUGGAGGACGACACGGUUUACAAGACAUCCUUCGCCACACAUUGCCACGCGGAACGACCAGCACCGAUUCUUCCUCGUCCGGCGCCAUUGAUUGGCGAUGGUCCGAUGCAGGAAGUAACUACUCAACGUCACGACUUUGUGUGCAAAGGCCAGGCAAAGCGGGACCCUAUCGUGCCACAGGGAUCACUUGUGAUGCCAACGGGACGAGUCGAGAGUGCAACGGUUAACCGGUUAUCGUACCCAGCGAACAAGGAAAACAUAAUUCCGACGAAAUCAUGUAAACCCAUCCUGGUCUACAAACGACCGGAAGAGCCUAUGGAAAGCGACACAACGCAAAAGCUCAGUUAUAUGCCCGUUUGCCCGCCUCCAAAAGAGCAUUAUCCUUGGGCUCAGCGAGCACGUUAUCAGCCACCAAACCUGCCAAUGGAUUCGGACACGGUGCAGAAACUUAGCUACGCCCCACCUGGCCAGUACAUCGAAGAACCGUGCUCAAGUGAGAUGGCAUGUUGUCAAUCAUGCAAUCCAGCAGCGAUAAAUUGCUGCGCGAACGUAGAAACGACAAGCCAGGGUAUAAGCUACCCUCGGGCUGCUAUUGAGCGUUGCGUUGAGGGACACCGUUGA